GCGUUAGCCUAUUAAUUUCAAAAUGGAGGACAUCGACUAAUUUACUAAUUAGUUUGGAAUUUCCUAUUUCUUGUAGUCAAAAAUGAAUACCGAUACAAGAGACUUUGCUCCUCCAUAUCUGCCUCCAUACGAGCACCCGCCGGCAUGGAUUCCGCCUCAUGAGAGAGACCAUCACCCAGAUUAUUGUUCGGAUAUUGAAAGAUUCUUACCACGUAACAUCAGUUUACAAAGAAGCAAAACUUCAGAACAGCUUGGUUUCAACAUCAGAGGUGGAAGGGAACACAACUGUGGUAUUUACAUAUCCAAGGUGAUGGCGAACAGUGAAGCUGACAGAUUAGGACUACAGGAAGGAGAUCAGAUUCUGUCGGUAAAUGAUCAGAACUUUGAGGCCAUAGACCAUAGUGAGGCUGUGAAAAUAUUGAAGAUGAACACGUCCAUAUGGAUGGUUGUUAGAUAUUUCCCAUACGGUUAUAACCAGACAUAUUACAAAGGUCGAAGUCCAUCGGGAGCACCAGACAGUCCACAGGCUUACAGAUAGCACUUCAUCUGAAAAUGGACAUAUCCAUUCUGUCAGAGAGAUCAUGCAAUUUUUCAGCAUUCCAAGUAGUUUUGACAUUCCGUUUACUCCAUGAAACUUUGGAACACUUGCCAGGAAUAUUUUGUGAAACAUUCAUAUCUUUUAUUCAUUUGUCAAGACUAAGGAAUUAACAUUGCAUUCAUAAUAAACAUUUGAACAUUCCAUCUGAAAUUUUCAGAGGAUUUUUUAAAUAUAUCAAUUGUUAUAUUUUUAACUCUUCAAACAUUCUUUUUCAAGAUAUGAUGCAUUUUGUAAAUAGUUUUCUGGCUGGUAUCAGGGCUUUAUGAGUUAGGUUGAUGCAGUUAAUGGACCAGUGCUCAGCAGUUGUUGAGAUAUCUGUCUUACCAAUUUGAAAAAUUCCCAGUUCAGAUGUGAAAAUGUUACACAGAAGUUUAGAUUGCAUUAUGAGACUGCCUUGAUGUAUCAGUUUCCUUUAUUUUGUACUUGUUAGCACCAUCACAGUAAAAUAAAGCCAUUUAAUAUUAAAUUUUUUGUUACUAUUUCCAGUGUAAUACUAUUUUCACUUUGACAUUGUUUUUUAAAAGUAAAGAAGAAUUGGUCAAAUUGACCUUUUUAUUCGUAAAGACAGAAGAAAUUUUGAUUUUUCAGCAAACUUCUGGAAAAAAGAGCAUUUCAUUUGUGUGUUUCUCUAUUUUAUCAUUUGUUCUACUCGAUAUAUAAAUUCAGUAUAUGAAAUGAAACUUUUUAUUGAAGAGUAUAAAGACUGUUUACAUUUUUACAUAGAAUACACUAAAUAUUUAACUUUUUACAUAAAUUGUUCCAGACAUUAUUGUGCAGACAUAUUUUUCAAGUUUUCAUGUGGGUCGAUUUAUAAUACAGUGAAUAGAGGCACCAUUGUACAAAUGUAUGUGCAAAGUUUAAAUAAAUAAAAUAAAUUGUAUAAUAUACAAUGAUAUACAUAACAAGUUCUCAAAGUCCACUCCUGAUUCUUCUUUCAAAUAUUGACAUGUCUUAACGGAAAUGGGAUAAACUGUCUAGUAGUCAUUUUAUUAGCUCAUCUGAUUUUUUGGAAAAAAAGAUGAGUUAUUGUCAUCACUUGAUCGGCGUCGGUGUCGGCGUCGGCGUUGCCUGGUUAAGUUUUAUGUUUAGGUCAGCUUUUCUCCUGAACUAUCAAAUAUUGCUUUGAAAUUUGGAACACUUGUUCACCAUCAUAAGCUGACCCUGUACAGUAAGAAACAUAACUCCAUCCUGCUUUUUGCAAGAUUUAUGGCCCCUUUUGUACUUAGAAAAUAUCAGAUUUCUUGGUUAAGUUUUAUGUUUAGGUCAACUUUUUCUCUUAGGCUAUCAAAGCUAUUGCUUUGAAACUUGCAACACUUGUCCACCAUCAUAAGCUGACCCAGUACAGCAAGAAACAUAACUCCAUCCUGCUUUUUGCAUUAAUUAUUGCCCCUUUUGUACUUAGAAAAUGAGUUUUCUUGGUUAAGUUUUAUGUUUAGGUCAGCUUUUCUCCUAAACUAUCAAAGCUAUUGCUUUAAAACUUGCAACACUUGUUCACCAUCAUAAGCUGAACCUGUACAGCAAGAAAUAUAACUCUAUCCUGCUUUUUGCAAGAUUUAUGGCCACUUUUGGACUUAGCAAUAUCAGAUUUCUUGGUUAAGUUUUAUUUUUAGGUCAACGUUUUCUCUUAGACUAUCAAAGCUAUUGCUUUGAAACUUGCAACACUUGUUCACCAUCAUAAGCUGACCCAGUACAGCAAGGAACAUAACUCCAUCCUGCUUUUUGCAUUAAUCAUUGCCCCUUUUGGACUUAGAAAAUCAGUUUUCUUGGUUAAGUUUUAUGUUUAGGUCAGCCUUUCUUUUAAACUUUCAAAGCUAUUGCUUUAAAACUUGCAACACUUGUUCACCAUCAUAAGCUGAACCUGUACAGCAAGAAAUAUAACUCUAUCCUGCUUUUUGCAAGAUUUAUGGCCCCUUUUAGACUUAGAAAAUAUCAGAUUUCUUGGUUAAGUUUUAUUUUUAGGUCAACAUUUUCUCUUAGACUAUCAAAGCUAUUGCUUUGAAACUUGCAACACUUGUUCACCAUCAUAAGCUGACCCAGUACAGCAAGAAACAUAACUCCAUCCUUUUUGCAUUAAUCAUUGCCCCUUUGAACAUAGAAAAUCAGUUUUCUUGGUUGGGUAUUAUGUUUAAGUCAGCUUUUCUCAUAAACUAUCAAAGCCAUUGCUUUAAAACUUGGAACAGUUUUUCACCAUCAUAAGCGGACACUUUUCAUCAACAAACAUAACUCUUUCCUGAUUUUUGCAAGAAUGAUGGCCCUUUUUAGACUUAAAAAAUCAUAGGUUGGACAAUAUUUCUAUUAUACAAAAAAAUCAGAUGAGCGUCAGCACCCGCAAGGCGGUGCUGUUGUAUAAAUAUAAACAUAACAGCAAUAACUGUUGGACAUAAAUUCAUUUACCCUCAAUAGUUGCAAAACAAAAAGAACUGUGAUCUGCCGGAUUAGAUAAUUUUUUUGGCCAACCUUACACUUGUCAAGGGAUUAUUGGAACAUGGGAUAUUAUGCUGCUAGUUUACAUUUAUGUUAUCAGAUCUAUAUCGAGAUAUAUGCACAAGUUCUGAGUUGACAGGUGGAAGACGGAGUUCACUGUAUCCAAAGAUUUUUAUAUGGAAUAAAGCAGACAAAAAAUCAGGAAAUAAGAAAACUGUUGUAUUAUACAAGAGUUUGCUUUGUCAGAGUUUUAUAGUUCUAUGCCUUUAUCACAGUAUGUUUUUAUAACCAAAUAAUAUAUUGUUUACAUAUGUGUCUUUAUCUUUACUUGCAAGUGAAACUAAUUUUGUUACUCGAGUUUGUAAAAAUCAGUAUCCAUUGUAUGUAUUAAAUAUAUAUUUUU